CAACAUUUUCCACAGCCUAUUUCAGCAUUCUGAAGUUCUUCAGAGGUGUUGCAUCACUUGGGCACUUUAUUAAGGUAGUUUGGUAAUUUUGCUUCGAUCAACUCAGUCUAUGGUCUAUAAAGCAUCCAUGUACGCAUCACCGCUAUACUUUCGACAGUUUCGCACGAGCACACGCGCGGUGAACUUUGGUAACACGGUGCUGGUGCGGCGCGACACCGGCCAGUGGUGGUUGGGCUAUGUUCAAGAUAUUGACAGCGACCGCUUCCUCGUUGACUUCGACUCGACCACCGACCGUCCCGCAUGGAUCCAAUCCGGUCAGCUCUGGCCGCACGAAUUCCUUCGCCAGUCGGGUGUUUCGUAUCGUGGUCAGUCCGUGCAGGUGGCGCUACGGGACGUCCCCGGCGGACCGAUGGUCUUCCGGCCGGGAACUAUCACUCGCGAAUUGUGUAACAAUAUGUUUAAUGGUGUGCGAUUAGAUGGUGCUGAUCACAACCAGGCCUGCAUCGUCGAUACGUGCCAGAUCGUCACGGAACUGCCGAUCCCUAACAAGCCCAGUUUUGCCGAGAGCGGGACGACAUUCGUCUACCGGAAGCACGUCGUCCCCUUCGAGCAAGCGAAGCUAUUGCGUGAUGUGACACUGUUGCCGAAAUUUGUGGGACGGACGUGUCGCAUCACGUUGGGUCCGGGUGACACCGAGUGUGACGCGGACUGCGAAUUCGCCCUGGCAAAUGCCGUGGGCUCGGGGGAACAGAUUUUCCGCUGUGCUGGAUUGCAUUCGCUCUCGUUUUACAUGUUUGAUGUGGGCUGUCGGGUGUUUGCAAGGGUGGACACCGAAACGGUGACGUUCGUCUGCGUCGAAAUGCACGACAACGUAUUCGGACGCAGUAUGUUCUGGACUGACGACGACCUGAGGGAAGCGUGCGACGCUUGCCUCAAGGCGCAACAACCGAGGCUCGCUCCUGGUAUUCUCUGUGAGGAUGGCCUAACUGACACCUUCCAAACCGAUGGCGAAGAAAUGCAUAUCAAUGAGCUGGCAUAUCCUAUUCUGGCGAACAUUCUGCUACAUUUCGACAUGAUUACUCGGCUACAGCUUAUGCAAGUGCAAAUAAAUCGCUAGUGUAGGUCACUUCAGGCUUUACUCAAGGUGAAAAGGGAAAUGGUAUCAAAUUUAAAUUCGGGAAAAUGGUAGGACGAGUGUUUGGUUUGCACGGUAACGGUAGUGGUAGGUAAUACAGUACCUGUAAUCUAAGAAACCGCUUUAAUAAGGCUACAAGUGCCUUUUAACAAGUGUCAUAUAAUAUCGGUUACAAACUAAGUACCAGCCACAAAAUUCAUACCAGAAGCACUUCCACGUUGUAUUUGCAUAGAGAGUCGCUGCUUAACACACUCUUUCGCCCGCUUCUUUCGUCAAAGUCGCUAUAUCGUUUCCAACCUUCUCCGCUAGCUUUUGGUUCCAUCUCUUCAGGGUCCGUAAAUUUCAAAGGCUGCACCUACAAAAUCGUAUCUUGGUUAUAGCUAGGCGUGUUUUGUCAGUUUCCCCCUUUCCGCGUGUUCAGCAGCUGCUUCGGCGUUCGCACUGGUACGGCUGAUGUCCGAAGCAGCGAGUUAGUACACGCAGAAUACAAUGGUUACAUGAGUCACUUACAUCGUCUUCCAGAGGCUUUCCGCGCUCCCAUGGUACCAGUGUGAUCGCACUGGCCUUAUCUUAUCUUUCACGGAAAGAUCUUUUAACUGCAUUCUUGCUGGAAAACCGGUCGUUUCCGGUCCGCGGGUGAUUUCCCCGCUUAUACAGUCGUGUCGUGGUAUUCUUCCUGCUGACCAUUUACAUCGGAGCCCGUGCCGGCCCAAAUCGUCCACCGCUUUUAUAGUUUUCGGAAUCUUACAAGCCAGAUUCAUAAUGGGUUGUGUAAAUGUGCAGUGAAAAAUCGGAAUUCAUGGGUUACGCUAAGUGUGUAAUGCAGUGGCUGUCACUUUAAACGCCGAUUUCCAGUACAUCAUUCAUGUAUCUUUACGCAAUCAAUUGUGGAGCCGGCUUGUAGGGUAUGCGUGCUAUGGAGGCUCCUUUUGGAAGACUACGCUGCUGGAAAACAGUGGCAUCUGCUUCUCGACAUACCGCGGCUGCUCGCUGAAAAACCUGUGGAUGAACAGUUUAACGCAGAAUGCAAUUAUCAUACGUACCGACUUGUCCGUCUGCUGAACCGCAGUUUUUCCAGCUGGACGCACACUGUGGCGUUGGUGGACACCGAAGGACAUUCCAAUGUAAUGAAGAUGAUAGAUAUGCUCGACACUGCCGGACUGGCUGAUUAUAUGAAGAGGAACGAUUUGCGUGACAGAAUGCGGGUUGUCCGGCAUACACUCAAAGCAAAACAUCAUCGUGUCCCACUAAUCAUAAUUAAAGGAAGCAGAGAUCUUGCGCAACCGCACUCAGUGUUGCUGGAUAUAGGCAGCGUGGGAGAGGAGGCUAACCAGUACGAGUGCCGUGAGCUGUCCCAAUGGAUGCGUGCGUGUCAGCAGCUGCUGCUCGUCAACCUCACCGUGACCAUUCCGACGGGUUCUAAUAAUUCUUUAUUGGACGCGGAUUUCUUUUUCAGUGCCGACUGGACCUGGCUGGAGGACGGCCAUCGAAUGUGGCGUGGAGGGGGUGAAUACGGUGCGCAUCUGCGAAUCAGCAUUCCCUUCCUGCGUUUCCGUUACACGGAGACGGCCGCGGAACAGUGCCGGCGUUUCAUAGCGGCGGUUAGCGAACACUGUCCGGCCGUGAUCCAGCCAAUGAUCGAAAAGGUCACGGGGAUGUUGGCACGCUGGGCGCAGACGCUGGCUUAACCCGACCAAUGGGUCGGCAUUCGCAUGUUUCUCAAACUGUUCAGCAGUACUGGUCCGGAUGGCCGUCCUCGGCCGUGGGAUGAUGUUGAUUUGAGACAGCUGGAAGUGGCUGUGCUCAGUCGCUUAGCCAUGCACAUUCUGGAUGAAUACUUCCAAGACUGAUUAAACCCGACAUGUACAGUAGACUGUGUUACAGAUUGAAACGCCAUGCAAGUUAUUACGCGGUUGUACGCUAAUUUGGUUCAAAAAACUGACUUACGUUUGCGGUAGCAAUUCAUUCAGUCUGGCUCCUGCCUUAGUGAUCUGUGACAUGACAUGUAACUAGAAGUUAGUUCGUCCACCAGUACCAGUACUCUUCGACGUGCUUCUUCUGUUUUUAUGCUCUCUACUGAUACAUACUUGUGUACCUAAACUGGUAGUGCAGUUAGCUUUUGGUUGAUGUCUGUUUUCUUCAUUUUACGUACGUUUGUGCCAAUCUUUUGUUUCUUGUAUGUUAUAGCCCAUGGCUAGCUUGUUUAACUUUAUUUGCUUUGCGUGCGAAUGAUCCGUCGUGCCUAAUAAUGGCUCUUUCUGAAAAGGUUUUGGAUG